CUUGACUGUCGCUAGCGCUUACUCUUGGUCAUGUCUCAUGUGAGCGUCGCCCAUGCCGGCCGGGCUGGGCGGGGUUCGGCGCAGGUGACCAUUGUGCACAUCUCGGACACGCACUGCAGACAUCGCGAGCUGACCGACGGGCUUCCUCCGGGCGAUGUGCUCAUCCACUCGGGAGACAUCCUCAAUCGCGGAGAGAAGGAUGUAGCGGAGGACUUUAACGCGUGGCUUGGUGAGUUGGACUACGCGGUCAAGGUUGUGGUGAUUGGGAACCACGACACGGCGUUCAAGGGCAUGUCGCGCGAUGAGAUCGCUGCCUUCUUCUCUAACGCCGACUACUAUGUGCAGAACGAGACUGUCGUCGUCGAGCCAUUUGGCUUUACCCUCUGGGGCUCGCCGGUCACUAACUGCUACCCGACGUCGAUGUUCGGCGUGACCUCGGCGUCCAAGCGCAACAAGGUGUGGGGGACGUGCCCUGCAGGCGUCGACGUGGCGGUCACCCACAUGCCGCCGCUGGCCAUCCUCGAUCUGGCAUGGCACUCGACGUCCAAGACUACACGGGUUCGCUGCGACGUGCCAGAGUGCGGCAAGGACAGCCAUCGGGCAUGCCUCAGCCACUGGGGCGACGCCGGGCUCCGCGCGCACAUGCUCCACGUGGCGCAGCCGUCGCUCCACCUCUUCGGCCACGUCCACGACGAAGUCGGUAGCGUCAGGCACGGGCGGACCCGGUUCGUCAACUCGGCCAUCAAUGAGGCCUUUACGGUCCACACAGUCUCACUCGCCUUUGACCCACAUGGCCAGCGAGAGGCUCUCGAUUCUGGUGCCACCAUCGUGGGCAACUACGAGGUCUGCCCCGCCAAGGACGGUGCAGUCUUUCUCGUGGACUCCAGCGAGGACGACACGGUUCUCGACGUCGACCGGGGCGUGGCGGAGCCGGGCAAUCAGGUCAUCCUUUGGAAGAAGCUCCGCGGCGCGCGCGCCAAUCAAACCUGGCGGCUGCACCCCAACGGCGGCAUUGUCUCGAGCCUCGACGACGAUCUGAUGCUUGCUCACGACGGUAGCGGCCUGGUCAUCGAUAGCAAGACCAACUCCAGCUUUGACCACGUUGUCUGGCGCAUUACCACGCCCGGUAACAUCGAGCUCCUUCUCAAAUGAACGUCAUCCCAACCUG